AUGAGUUUUUUGGGGAAAAUCUUCGGUGGGAAAAAGGGCGACAAGACCCCGACCACCGGAGAAGCAAUUCAGAAGCUGCGGGAGACUGAGGAGAUGUUGAUGAAAAAACAAGAUUUCCUCGAAAAGAAGAUUGUCCAAGAAGUCGAUAUUGCCAAGAAGAACGGAACCAAAAAUAAAAGAGCUGCUAUCCAAGCAUUGAAAAGGAAGAAGCGCUAUGAGAAACAACUGCAGCAAAUCGAUGGCACCUUGUCAACGAUCGAAAUGCAGAGGGAGGCUUUGGAAGGCGCCAACACAAACACUGCAGUUCUGCAGACAAUGAAAAGUGCUGCUGAGGCGCUCAAACACGCGCACCAACACAUGGACGUUGAUCAAGUUCACGACAUGAUGGAUGACAUUGCCGAACAACAAGACGUCGCUAGAGAAAUUUCUGAUGCCAUCUCCAAUCCAGUCGCCUUUGGACAAGAUGUAGAUGAGGAGGAAUUAGAAAGAGAGCUUGAAGCACUGGAACAAGAAGAGCUGGAUGAGGCGCUGCUUAAUACUGGACCAGCCCCAGAACUCCCGAACGUGCCUAUGGCAGAGCCGGUCGCGGCACCAAAAGCGAAGCCAAGAGCCAAAGUUGAGGACGAUGAUGACUUAAAGGAGUUGGAAUCGUGGGCAGCGUAAAUUACUCGAAGACCUAUGUUAGGCAUCAUUCGCCUUAUCACCAAAAAAAUAACAAUGGAUGCAUAAUUUAUCUCGUUGCAUAAUAUUUUAAAUUGAAAACAAAGCUACCUUGUAAAUACAAUUAAACUACAAGUAUUUGUCUGCGAAAAUUAUUUGCUUGGAACGGUGAACCUUCUUUAAUAUUUCAGCCAGGGAAAAAUAUAAUCGAAGGAAGUUCCCAUUUUGUGAUAGAUUAUGUACCAGCUUUGAUUUAAUUAACUGUACUUGGUGGAUUUAUGUUGGUGCAUCAACAAGACGUGUGCACGCUUAAUCAAACCUCUGUAAAAAUAGAAACUAAAUGCCAUUUGCGCUUAUUAUGUUAAAAUAAUUAAAGCUUUUCAAUAAAACAAAAUUUUCUAAGCACACUUAUAUCACUA